UAUUCUAGUCCUAUGGUAAGAUGCCCAACCCGUGUUCAACUAUCCGAUAUUGCUCGAGAUAUGGGCCUUCAUCUGGAAGAUGAUGAACUUAAGCACUUUCAUGCAGAGAUAGAAGGAAACAUUGAGAAAAUCAACGAGACAGAAGAUAUCCUGGAGCCGAGGUUGCCAACUAAGUACCCCAGACUUCCAGGGUACAGACCAGGGAAAGAGGAGAACCCAUAUAAUGAAUGGUACUGGAAAUGUGAAAUAAAGGGCGCCAGUGAUGGUAAAUUGGCGGGAAAACGAGUGGCUGUCAAGGAUACCGUCGCUGUAGCAGGGAUUCCCAUGAUGAAUGGAUGUCACGCCCUAGAAGGUUUUACACCAGACUUUGAUGCAACGGUCGUGACUAGGAUACUUGAUGCAGGGGGCACUAUUGUCGGGAAGGCGACAUGCGAGGAUCUCUGUUUUACUGGGUGUAGCUCUACUGCAGCCAAAGGACCCGUCAAAAACCCACACGAUCCUACCCGAAGCACAGCAGGGUCAAGUUCAGGAAGCGCUGUUGUUGUCCAGACUGGAGAAGCUGACAUGUCAAUCGGUGGAGACCAAGGAGGUUCGAUCCGUCUACCGGCGGCAUGGACUGGGGUUGUCGGUCUCAAGCCCACGUACGGUCUGGUCCCGUAUACUGGAGCGAUGGGUAUGGAGAUGUCCGUGGAUCACCUUGGACCUAUGUCAAGGACGGUUUACGGUUGUGCUCUGCUCCUUGAGGUGAUUGCAGGUUAUGAUGGUGGUCUUGACGCAAGACAGCACCCUCAUUUAACAGUACCUGAAUACACAAAAGAGAUGGAAAACGCCAGCAUCGAGGGACUUAAAGUAGGACUCCUAUCUGAGGGAUUUUCUAUGAAAGGAGCAGAUGAAGCCGUCAACAAAUUAGUGAAGGAAACCCUUAACAAACUAACCGCAGAGGGAGCUGUUGUAAAAGAUGUAUCUGUUCCUUUGCAUACAAAAUCCAGCAAUAUUUGGGGAGCAAUCGCAGAAGGGGCUUAUGAACAUAUGUGCCGACUAGGAAGCUGUGGCAUAGGCCACGUUGGUUAUUAUCCGACCAGCUUCGCAAUAGCAUCGGGAAAAAUGUUUUCUUCAAGGGUAGAUGACCUUUCUAACUCAAUGAAGGUCUACAUGCUCCAAGGUGAAUACCUCAAGAAGUACUACAGAGGGCAGGUCUACUGUCGAGGUCGUAACUUGGUGUUGACGCUCCGUCAGGCCUAUGACAAGAUCUUCGAGAAGGUGGACGUCCUCGCCAUGCCGACCAUACCAUUCACAGCUUCUAAGCUCAUCUUCAAGGAUGACCUAUUGUCUGAAUACUUCAGGAAGUGCUAUGAAACGUUGGACAACACAAUGGCCUUCAAUCUGACUGGUCACCCGGCCAUUAGCGUCAAUGCGGGCUACCUCGGGGGCUUACCGGUCGGGCUAAUGAUCGUAGGACAACACUACGAUGAGGUCACCGUCUUCAAAGUGGCACAGGCUGUUGAGAAAAUCAGAGAUGAGGCGAAGUAGAAACAAACCCACACUGCCAGACAUUGAGUGAAACGCCAGACUUUAGAAAGCCAGAACUCCAGAUUUUUGUUUCAUAUUACAACCUGACAAGCGGACAUCCUGACCACUUAUGACAGGAUUGAUACCUAAAUAACAAAAUGUCCGAACGCGAAGCGCUAGCUAAAUUUGAGGUUUUCUUUCAGAUUUUGACCCCGAAAUUGGAUAUUCUAUGUACUUUUUCUAACAAUGGAAAGGAUAGGUAUCUUCACUAAAUAAAUGAGGUGAGAGCGA